AUGCGUGUCUUGUUUCGUGUUCAAGAUGUCAUCAGCGUGAUGGAAGGAGUGAUUUCUGCGUUUGAUUUGCGCGGCAUAGAGAAAGAGGAGUUUAAGAGGAAAGAUGAUAGGGCCUUGUUGAUUAUUCAUCAGUGUGUGGACGAUAUGCAUUUUGAGAAGAUACAAAAUGCGAUUUCAGCAAGAGAAGCUUGGAACAUUUUGGUGGGCUGCCAUGCCGGAGGUGAAAAAGUGAAGAAGAUGAAAAGUUGUGGUGACACUGUUACUGAUCUCAUGGUGAUUGAGAAAAUCAUGCAGUCACUGCCCCCGACGUUUGAUCAUAUUGUGGUGGCAAUAGAGGAGUCGAGAGAUCUUGAAAAACUAAAAAUAGAGGAACUGCAAAGCUCUCUUGAGGCGUAUGAAAUGAGGAUGCGGGAAAGAAAUCCCAUCAAACGCGAGGAGCAGGUGUUGAAGGUUCAACACGAAGAGAAGAAGACAACCAAGAAAUGGAAAGGGAAACACGGUAAAGGAAAGUGGAGAAAAGAUAGGAACAAAGAUGACCAGAAUGAGUCUUCAACAGAGGAUGAAGGAAAAUCUGAGAAGAAUUUCGAGAAGAAGGACAAAAGGAAUAUUGAGUGUUUUAACAGUCACAAGUAUGGGCAUUACACUAGGGAGUGCUAUGCUGAAAAAGAAGAGCAAAAGAAGCGUCAUGGAAAGGAGGCCUACGCAGCUCAAGUGGAGUCUGAUUCUGAAGAACCCAUCAUAUUAAUGACAACUACAUCUAUAGUAAGUUCACACUCUCAAGACAAAUUGUGGUAUUUGGAUUUGGGAUGUUCGAAUCAUAUGACCUGCAACAGAGAUUGGUUGGUAAAUUUUGCUGAGACCGAGAGGAGCAUGGUGAAAUUUGCUGAUGAGAGCACCUCGAAGGUAGAGAGAGUUGGUGAUGUGGUUAUCAGAAGGAAGAAUGGCUCGCGUGUCAUUCUAACUAGUGUGUUGUUUGUGCCUGCGAUAAGGUACAAUCUUCUGAGUAUUGGCCAGUUAAUUCAAAAAGGUUUUAUGGUAGUAAUGGGAGACUUCAAUAAGGUUGAAGUGUUUGAUAAAAAGAAAAACCUGAUCUUGAGGAGCAAGAUCUCGAAGGAUAAAACAUUUUAG